AUGGAUCACUUCCCGACGAACUGGGGCCGCCCGAGAAACGAUGAUUUUGACGCGUACUCGACUUACCCUAUACAUUCCCGACCGAAGGACGCGUUUGCCGAGGGUGUCCAGCACACUCAACAACCUAUCGUAACCGGUACGAGCGUGCUCGCGCUCAAGUAUAAGGAUGGGAUUAUGAUGGCAGCGGACAACCUUGCAUCAUAUGGUUCUCUCGCUCGCUUCAAGGACGUCCAGCGUCUUCACCCUGUCGGCGAUUUCACAGUCGUUGGGGCGGGCGGCGACAUGUCCGACUUCCAGUAUCUGCAACGCAUCCUCGACGACCUCAUCAUAGAGGAAGAGAUCACUGCGCAGGAUGGACAUAAGCUUGGUCCCGCUGAGAUUCACGAGUAUCUGUCCCAGGUUAUGUAUGGGCGGCGGUCCAAACUCAAUCCCUUGUGGAAUUCUCUGUUGAUUGGGGGUGUCAGGGAUGGAAAGAGAUUUUUGGCAUACGUCGACCUUCUCGGCACGACAUACACGGCAUCCACUCUCGCCACGGGCUACGGUGCCUACAUCGCGCAGCCCCUGCUUCGGAAAGCUGUCGAAGGCAAGGAAGACGUCCUGACAGAGCAAGAAGCGCGCAAAAUCAUCGAGGACUGUAUGCGUGUCUUGUUCUACCGUGAUGCCCGCAGCUUGAACAAGUACCAAAUCGCCACUAUCAAUGCCUCCGGAACGACGAUCACCGAGUCUCUCAAGCUGGAAACCUCAUGGGGCUUUGCAGAUAGUAUCAGAGGUUAUGGUUCCCAAACUCAAUGA